AUGGUCAAGAAAGUACUUCUCAUCAAUGGACCCAAUCUUAAUUUAUUAGGUACCAGGGAGCCUGAAAAAUAUGGUACCACAUCUCUUUCGGAUAUUGAACAAGCUGCUAUUGAACAAGCAAAAUUGAAAAAGAAUGAUUCUGAGGUCUUGACAUUUCAAAGCAACACAGAAGGUUUUAUAAUUGAUAGAAUACAUGAGGCAAAACGCCAGGGGGUUGGUUUUGUUGUGAUAAAUGCCGGUGCUUAUACACAUACAUCUGUUGGAAUAAGAGAUGCGUUGUUGGGAACAGCAAUCCCAUUUAUUGAAGUGCACAUCACCAAUGUUCAUCAAAGAGAGCCAUUCAGGCAUCAAAGUUAUUUGAGUGAUAAAGCUGUUGCUGUUAUAUGUGGUUUAGGUGUUUAUGGUUACACGGCAGCAAUUGAGUAUGCGUUAAACUAUUAG